AUGUCAGACGCCAACGUCACCAAUCCCAACCGGCCAGCGGCGGAACGCAUCACCGGCCACGUAUCCAGCGUGCUUGACCGCGCAGGGAUCCAUCAUAUCCUGUGGGGCCAGAUGGCCUUUUUCGUAUACGGUGUAAACACCGAUUGUUCGAACAUUGACUUUGUGGUAGACGAUGACGAGCAGACUCGGGCAGCCAACAACCUGCUUGCCGAGGGCUUCGCCCAGGAGACUGACCAUCCCGACUGCACCUACUACGGUAUCGGCCCCGGCUCGCACCGCGAGAAGGUCUUCCACAUCGACUCCCACAAUGCCAACGAGGAGUGGAGCCACUUCAACGUUCGCUUGGUUGAGAUGAGCUUUGCGCUUCCGGGCACUACGGAGAUUGGUCAUCGCACGACCAUGAACCAGUUCGGCGGAAGUGACCUGGUCCUGGCAUCAGACGCACGCCUUCUCGGCCACUUCCGCCACGAGCGGUAUCCCGUGCGCAUGCUCGCCCCGGUCUUCUACCUCGAGUCUAUGCUCUUGCGCUAUGUAACGACGAAGAGCUGGGGGUGCAAUCUGAUCCGGAAGUUUGCCCGCGAGGUCAUGGUUCUGUCAAACGCGCAGAACAGUGACGACAAGGGCUUCCAUAUCGGGGUGAUGCCCGGGACUCUGGACUUGCUGUACACUGCCAUUCUGGAAAAGGAGGAGGAUGAUGAUGAUGCAAUAGACGGUGAUGCUCAACUGCAGUGGCUUGCUGAGGAGGUUCGGAGGGACGUGUUCAAUGAGGAGUCAUCGUAUGUCGAAUCUAGCAUUGAAAUCAUCGAGAGAAUGUAG